UCCGCGGAAGAUUAUCAAUUGACGCUCGUGCACGUCCGAAAAAAAAACGACUGUGACCGAAGAAAAUAAACAACCCACAAUUCCGCACGUGGUAACAAAAGCUGUCGAACCUGUCGAAUCUGUGGUGUAUAGGUUAUAAUUCGGUAAAUUGUUAUUAUUUACAUUACGGCACGAGUGGUAAUUUCUUCUUUGUAGUGCACUUGUGUGCAUUAAAAUGCCUUCCAUUGAGGCGGCUCCAGCCCCUGUGGCUCCACCUCCACCUGCACCUGCACCCCCUGAGCCUCAAGAAAAUGAAGCUCCUGCUACUCAACCUAUAGUGGGGAUCAUUUAUCCUCCACCAGAGGUGAGAAAUAUCGUCGAUAAAACUGCAAGUUUUGUUGCCAGAAAUGGACCAGAGUUUGAAGCUCGAAUCAGACAGAAUGAAAUUGGCAAUCCCAAGUUCAACUUCUUGAAUUUUGGAGAUCCAUAUCAUUCAUAUUAUCAACAUAAAGUCAGAGAUUUCCGUGAAGGAAGAGGGCAAGAUGCAACUGCUCCUGGACCUCCUGUUCCUCAGCAAAAGGCUCUUUUGUCAUCUCAACAGCAGAAACAACAGGAAAUUUUGAAACAAGUAUCAGAACAACCAUUUAUUCCUAAAGAUCCACCUCCUGAAUUUGAAUUUAUAGCAGAUCCUCCUUCAAUAUCUGCUCUUGACUUGGAUAUCGUGAAGCUAACUGCUCAAUUUGUAGCCAGAAAUGGACGACAAUUCCUGACAAAUCUCAUGAAUAGAGAACAACGGAAUUACCAAUUUGACUUUUUGCGGCCACAACAUUCCCUUUUUCAGUACUUCACCAAACUUCUUGAACAGUAUACAAAGGUGCUUAUACCGCCAAAAGAUUUGAUGUUCAGAUUGAAAGAAGAAUGUUCUUCAAUGAAUGUAGUAUUGGACCAAGUAAAGUAUCGUGCUGAAUGGCUUAAGUAUCAAGAACAGCAGCGUCGACGGGAAGAAGAAGAGCUUGAGAAGGAACGAGUGGCAUAUGCUCAGAUUGAUUGGCAUGACUUUGUAGUGGUAGAAACUGUUGAUUAUCAACCUUUCGAACAUGGCAAUUUUCCACCUCCCACAACUCCAGAUGAAGUUGGUGCUAGAGUUCUGAUGCAGGAAAGGUUGGAAGAUGGUGAAGAUGUAGAAAUGCAAGUAGAUAGCGAAGAGGAGGGUGAAGGUAGGGGCAGGGGAGAGCGUGACGAAGGUGAUGGGGAGCGUGAGGCUCCUCGUGAGCGUGAACGCCGUCCUCCAGCGCAGCGUGCUCAUCCAGCUCCACCUGCCCACCCUCAUCCUCCAGGAGAGCAUGAAGGACUGUCACAUGACCAGGCCACAGAUGAGGAUCAAAGUGCUAAGGAAGCAAGAGAUAAUACUCAGGUUCAAGACAUGGAGGAAGAAUCGAGUGAUGAAGAAGAUGCAAGUUCUGCUUCUACACCAACCCUCAGCACAGGCAGCAAGAAGUUUGCCUCCAAAGAGCACUUGCAGCAACCUCCUCCUCUUCCUCCUGCUCCAGAUAAAGUGCUUGUCAAGAAGAACUAUGAUCCCAAACAAGCUGUCAAAUCAGCAAGACCUCCAGCACCUGAUGAAUACCUCAUCUCUCCCAUUACUGGUGAAAAGAUUCCAGCCAGUAAAGUGCAAGAACAUAUGCGCAUUGGAUUGCUGGACCCACGUUGGGUGGAACAACGAGACAGGCAAAUUCAGGAGAAGAUGAAUCAAGAGUCUGUGUAUGCACCGGGUUCUGCAAUUGAAGCCAGCUUGAAACAACUUGCUGAGAGACGUACCGAUAUCUUUGGUGUAGGAGAUGAAGAAACAGCCAUUGGUAAGAAGAUUGGUGAAGAAGACAAGCGUAAAGAAGAGAAGGUUACCUGGGAUGGCCAUACAUCAAGUGUGGAAGCAGCAACACGUGCUGCCCGUGCCAACAUCACUCUGGAGGAGCAAAUCCAUCAGAUCCACAAGGUGAAGGGGUUGUUGCCCGACGAGGAGAAGGAGAAGAUUGGGCCAAAGCCCGUGGGCGGACGAGGGGGUGUUGUUGCUGCAGCCGCAGCUGCCGCUGCCAGCGUCAUGGCGGCCGCUCCGCCACCGCCUGGCACCAAGGCCGCGCUCGCCGCGGGUGUUGCUGCCUCUAAACCCCCGCAGCCCAAGGCCCCGCCAAGAGCGCGCGCGAGUCCGUGUGCUGCGCAGGUGAAUCCGGCGCCUCCGCCGCCGGUGCCGGUGCAGCCGCCGCCGCCCGUGCAGCCGGCGCCGCCGCCGCCCCCGCCGGCGCCCAUGGCGCUGCCACCCAUGGCGCCCAUCCCGCCGCCGCCGGGCAUCCUGCCCCCGCAGCCGCCCGCCAUGAUGAUGAUGCCCAUGCGCCAGCCGCCGCUCAUGGGCGAGACCUACGUUCAAGCACGACCUCCGUUCCCAGUAGCUACGCCUGCUCCACCAAUGUCUGGCUUUAUGCCUCCUACAGCACCCCAGAUUCAGGCUCCUCCCCAGCAAGCCACAGCGGGUGGGGCAAAGCACCCCUCCGAAGUGGGUGGUGAAGAUGAACCACCAAGUAAGAAGAUGCGCACUGAGGAGUCUCUCAUGCCAGAGAGUGCCUUCCUUUCUAAAUACAAGGGUCCAGUACAACUAAAGGUAGCAGUUCCCAACAUGAGUGAAAAACCAGAGUGGCGUCUGAAGGGUCAGAUGUUAAGUCUAACCUUGCCAUUAACUGACACAGUGGCUGUCAUAAAAGCUAAGAUACAUGAAGAGACUGGGAUGCCUCCUGGUAAACAGAAAUUACAGUGGGAGGGUUUAUUCUUCAAGGAUUCUAAUUCAUUGGCGUAUUAUAACAUUCUGCCUGGAACAGUCAUUGCACUACAGUUGAAAGAACGAGGUGGUCGUAAGAAGUAAAAAAUAUUUCUUGGAAAGGUCAGCAUUUAAACUUCAUAGUUAUUUAAGAAUAAAAAUGUGACAAAUUUCCAUGUUUUAAUAUUUGUUACACUUUAACAGGAAUAUUAGUGUAUGAAGGUUGAAAAUCAUUUGAUCAUUUUUGCAAAAAUCACUUUAUUGCCAGGGGCUGGAAACUUUCAGGAGGAAUUCUACAUAUUCUUAUAUAAAUUCGUUUCAUUGAUUUUUUUUCCUUUGUUUACAGUUUUAUAAACAUAUCUGCUCACAGAAUAAUAAAUGUGUAGCAAAAAAAAUGAAACUUGGAAACUAUGUAAAUAAUCAAGAGAACAUUUCUGUCCAAUGUUAUUAUAUAGAAGAAUUUUUCUUAUCAAUGCAUAUUGAAAUGAAAUUUAACGUCUUGACAUACCAGCAGUUGUUAUAUUUUACAUAUAAUAUGUGCUUGUAAUUAAUUUUUAGUUUCAUUUCUUUUAAGUAUUGAUUUCCCAGUGAAUGUUUUAUGUAAUUCUGUGAAUUUGUAGGAAAGGAAGUAAAUUUAGAUUUUAGUAUGUAGUAAAGUGUUUUAGUUCAACUAGUGAGCAUGCACCUGAGAUUUCCUAUCCUUGAUCAAUGUAAUAUAUCUGGGAUAAUAUUGGUAAAAAAAGUUACCAAAUUCUUUGUUUCAGAAACUGAAAUUUGUAAAUUAGGGGUGUGUAAAUCUGAAUAAUAAAUUACCUGUGGGCUCUGAAAUAUUACUUUGUUUCAAGAUGCAGAUUUGCUUGACAAUACAGUUUACUGUACAAAUACAACCAACAAUCAAAAUAGUAAUAAUUUUGUAGAGGUUGUUGGUUUUUUAGUCUCAUUUAUUUGAAAUUCGUGUUUUAUUGACUAGAAAUGGGUUUGUGGCCAGUGGCUGUUGACUCUUGGCUAUCUGUGAUGAGUUGUAUCUUCAUUGUAACCAAGGUGUCAAUACACCUUGUUGAUUAAUUUGUUUUAGCCAUCCAUAAAGUUUCUUAAUCAAAAUUACAACUUUCAGCAACAAUAACUUAUGACAAAUAUGAAUUAUUUCUAUACAUAAAGAACAAAAAACCUGACGAAUUAGUGUGUGAGAACCUUAAGAAAUUGUUGGGAGUCCUGAGUAGCUCAAUCUAAAACUGUUACUAUCCUGUUCCUGGGAUACAAUCAUGGUGCACUCUGAAAAAGUAUGUUAGUUAUUAUAAUUUUUUUAUAAUAAUUUUUAUGAACAGAACUAGUAUGAAGCAUACGAGCUUUCUCGAUUAAACUUGAAUUUCAUUUGCCAAAAGUGAAUUGCCGAGGAAAAAUUUCAACUUAUUUAUUUUGGAGCUUCAUUAUUCAAGUUGUGACAAUGUUGCAACCUGUGGGUGAUAAAUAAACACCUAGCAAUUGUGUUCACUAUUCUGUACUAUUCUUACGAAGCAGGUUGAUGAGAGACUUGGAAAACAGGGAAAUGUCAGGAAAUUGGCAAAUUAUGGAUUUUUUUUUUUUUUUUUAUGUCCUUGGAAAAAUUAUUUUCAAAGAAGUAGUGACCAAGAAUUUAUUAAUUAUGUAUCAUUUUAGCCGUGAAUAAAAUUGUGCAAUGUCCAAAACUGCUCAAAAAAUCGCUUUAGAAAUUUUCUUUGUUUGAAAAGUGCAUUAUGUACAAUUGUUCUCAAGCUUAAUUAGGUAAAUGCUUAUUAAAGGGUCUGUCACACAGAGUGGACAGUCUUCAAAGUUGCAGUGCAGACUGUCUGGUGUAAACAUGAAUUUAAAGGACUGCUUGCAUGUAAUCAAAGAGGAGGCAGCCUGUCUUGCUGAAACAGACCUUAAUUUGCACUGGUCUGUGGACAGAUGCAAUUUUUUGUGUUCAUAACAGUAACCUACAGCAAUUUCCUGCUUCUCAGUGGUUCUUCUCCAGUUAGUGAUCUUUAUUUUGAUUCUUUUUCUUGCAAAAUUUUGCAACUCUUCAAACAUUUCUCUGCUUAUUAAAAAAUAAAUAAAAAACUC